AUGGGCAAAGGGAAUAAAGGUGUUCAAUGUGCUUACUGCCUCAAGUGGGAUAAGCGUAAGAAUCUCCUAGCGUGCAAAGGAUGCCUCGGGGCUUCCUAUUGCGAUAAGACAUGCCAAAAGGCGCACUGGCCAAUGCACCGUAGCCUGUGCAAGUCGAACACAUCGAUCCGUGAGCAGACGGACGGUAUUAUUCUAGAAGUAGCGGAUUCAGGAAAGACUGCUUCGGAGAUUGUUAUAGACAUGAGACGUUGGGCAGACAAACAUCAAGAAGUGCUGUCAUGGGGCCUCACCCAGUCGAUGGAGCUCUUCACUAACCCGUCAAAGGCGCCAGAAACCCGCGGCCUCAUCUACCAUCUGAAGUACAGCCCACUAGACUUCUUCCCCCACAAAACCGCCGAUCUCUUCCAGCUCGAGUCGUGCGAAGUAGCCGACGCGUCGGAAGACCCAAGCGUGGCAGAAUGGGUGCGGACUAUGCGCGACCGGCCAAGUGCGCCUUUCCAGGCGAAGUACGAGGUCUCUGGGCCCGUGGUGUAUAUCCUGGAGUGCGAAGGCGUUGCGCUGACGAAAACCAAUCGGUUCGAGGGCCCUGGCCCGGAUGAACACCGGUUGUUUGUGACCGAUUGGGCAACGCACGUGGUGAGAGUGGUGAACGGAGUGAGCGAGUUCAACUCCUUGUUUUCGCUCAGGGAUGCGUUGCGCUGGGGUCCCGGAACACCGUUUGAUUCGGCUACUGAGUAUGGCGUUGUUGAGUUUGGUGACCUGAACCGUUCUGGCAUCGUCUAUAUCCACGGAGAAAGACGGUCCCUGAUUGAUCAAAAGAAGCAAGGUAACUUCAUGUUCCGGACCAAGAAAGCGCGCCGCAUACCACCACAAGGGAUGGCCCAGAAGUACAUCCCGCCAGGAAGACGAGGCGGGGUAAAGUCACCUUCUUUCCCUUCAACAGCAAUCUAUUCACGAGAAGAGGUGGCUCGCUGCAUUCCAGGAGAAAGUGCCCAUACGUUCUGUCGUGAAGCUUUAGAUCCAACUCGGGCGGAUAGCCAAGCCCCGCCGAGUAUGGAUGAUGGGACGCAUUGCGAGGUGGAGGGGGAGAAGCAUCUCUCGUUGUUCUCCAGCCAGUUUUGUCGCAUCAUGGUCUACAAGGGAGGCCACGUCAACCCGCCCUGCGAGCUAUGGACUCGAAGCAAUAUCGGUGCCCUGGAUGUCAAUGUGGGCAAACCCAUUCCAUUAUUUGAAGAAUUCCCUUCCACUGGAAAGACGAGAUUCGAAUUCAAAGGAUGGUACGAAAUUGUCCGCUGGACAGUCUUCAAAGGUGGGAGUCCGGAGAUAGUGGAGUUCAUGCAGCGGAGGGGGGAUAGCAAGCGGUCGAAGGAUGCUUGGAGAUGGAGGGAAGCUCUCGGUUCCAGCUGGGCGAAGGUGGAAGUUGUGCCGGUCCAUGAUGAUGCCCUCGGUAAUCCGAUGCAGAGGGUGGCCACUUCUCAGGCGGCGUGA